AUGUCGUCCGACGUCGUAGCUAACCCUCCUCCACCCACCGAGUCGAAGAGCGCUCGCAAAAAGAAGGCCAAGGCUGAGUUGGCUGCUGCUCAAGGUUCUGCGUCCAAGGCUCCAGGUACGCCUACGUCCGAGGUGCCAACUGAGGAAGCCAAGGUCAAUGGCAUCGAGACGAGCGGCGAGAAUGCCUAUACUAGAGAGAUUCAGAAGAACAUUCGCAACAUUAACAAGAAGCUGAACCUUAUGCAAAAGGUCGACACCAUCAUCUCGGAGAAUCCUGACUUAUCACUCGAUGACCUUGUACUCGCAAAGAAGAUCAACCCAGACCAGAAGGCUCAGGCUUUGAAGAAACCAGGCCUUCAGGCACAGCUGGUACAGCUGGAGGAGCAAUUGAUCCAGUACAAGAAGGUUGAGCAAGACUUACAGAGCAAGCUUAGUGCAGAGCGAGAGCUCUUGCAAUCCGCGCACAAGCAGGAGCUAGAGACCCUUCGAGACACUAUCAAUGCCGAGGCCGCGGCGAAAGAGCAAAAGCAGCACAAGCUUCAGUAUCUCACACUGUCGAAAUUUCUGCACACUGCUGCUGCGAAGCGUCAGAUCGAAGAGGCAGACACUGAGGAGAGACAGGCCUUUGAGGGUGUGCUUCUUCUAGUUUACGGUGGUGAUGCUCAGGCGGUUGAAGCUAUCGAGAAGCUCGUUGAGGGUUCUGAAGAUAUCGUCAACAACAUCGAAGGCGCGCCAACCGGUGUAACCUUCUCGCAAGUCCGCGAAGCCUCUCUAGCCGGCGGUCCUGCUGAAGAGCUUCUCCAGGGAUCCGCUCAGGGUUCUCUUGUUGACGAUGGCACUACCACUCCAGCUACCUCGACCGACCCGACUAUUGCCAACGCUAGCUUGACUGAGCUUCAAUCCAACCCGUCUGCCAUGAUUGGUUCCUCUGAAGCAGCAGAGACUGUCCAGGUUCCUGCGGCCAGCGGAAUUGGCUCAGAAGCCGCGAAUGCCGCAGGACAAGAGCAAUGGGAUCAGACUGUCAAGUCCACCGAGGACCCUCUGACUGAGUCUUUUGAAAUGGUUCCGCGCGACCUCGCAGAGACUGAUACCGGCUCCACUCCAGCCCCAGCUACCAGCACCCAGAGCUGGGCCGAUGAUACUCCCACUGAAAUAAGCACGCCUGCGCCAGCUGCCGCCGCCAGUGGUGACGGGUUCCAUGAGGUUACCCACCAGCGAGGAGGCCGUGCAAGAGGUGAUGGCCGUGGACCAUUCCGUGGCCGCGGUGGUCGUGGCGGUGAGCGUGGAAGAGGCCAUCGUGGAGACGGGCGAGGUCGUGGACGCGGAUUCCGGGGUCGUCCUCGUGGAGAUGGACCGCCACCACCUUCAUCCUAA